AUGGCAGCCCAAAUCCCCGACACCACCCGCGCCGUCUUCCACAAUCCCCAGGAAGACUCCUUGACCCUCAUCACCCGCCCUCCACCCACUCCCAAUCUCGCUGCAGACGAGCACCUCCUCCGCGUCCACACCACCGCCCCCUGCGCCGGCGAACUCACCUGGUGGACAUUCGGCAUCCCCAAGCCCCCCACCGACCACAUCCCCGGCCAAGACGUCGCCGGCACCAUUGUCCUCGCCCCGCCCACCUCGCCCUUCCAGCCCGGCGCCGCAGUCUACGCGCGCAUCCCCUGGACCAGACAGGGCGCGGCGCAAGAAUACACCAUCGUGCUCGGCUCCGAAAUCGCUCCGACGCCCAAGACUCUGGACUUUGCGCACGCGGCCACGGUGCCGAUGAGCGCGCUGACGGCGUGGCAGAUGGUCUUUGACAAGGCGGGGUUCGCGGGGCCCGAGGACGGGGCGAUCAGCGGCAGGUCGCUGGUCGUUACGGCGGCGAGUGGGAGUGUUGGCAUGUGGUGCGUGCAGCUGGCCAGGGUUGCGGGAUUCGAGAGGAUCGUGGGCACGUAUGGCGGGGAUGCGGAGGCCGGGGAGCUGCUGAGGGAGCUGGGCGCGACGGAGUUGGUUGACUACAAGAAAAGCAGCCUGGCCGAAUGGGCGUCGCAGGAUCCGGGGAGGAGAAAGGUGGACUUGGUGGCUGAUUGCUUUGGCAAGGGCGCGCUUGCUGAUGCCUGGAGUGUCGUCAAGGAUGGCGGGCGCGUGGUCAGCGUGUGUGAACCGCCGGAGACCAGGAGGCCUGCGGAUUGUCAAGCCAAAAAUGUCACGUAUGAGUGGUUCAUCAUGGAUGCAGCCCGUGGAAAGGAUUUGGCCAGAGUCACGGAGUUGCUAGAGAGUGGGAAAUGCAGGGCAAUCUUGGACUCGGUCUACAAGUUUGACGACUUCAAGCAGGCAUUUGAGAGAGUCGAAGGGAGACAUGCAAGAGGAAAGGUGGUGAUCCAAGUGCUGCAGUGA